AUCAUCUAUUAUGGUUUAUAAAAAACUGGAAAGCAAAUGAAACAGACGAUCUCUUACCAGAAUUAGCUCAGCCAAAACUAGUAUCGUGGUUCGAGCGUAUCGCUGCGUUAGGUCAUGGUACAAGCGAGGAGAUGACUGCCGAAGAAGCAUUUGAAGUAGCUAAACAAGCUGAACCAAUCGAGCCAGAAUAUAUAAAUAACAAAACUACUAGCAUGUGGCAUGUAGGACAACGAGUACAAGUUACACCGGACGAUGCGGGUUGUGUACCAGUCGAAGGAACAUUCAUUGCAGCAGAUGACUAUGAGAUCGUACUUCGUCUUUCAGAUGAAAAGAUGGGCAACAUCAAUGUUCAUUUUCCUCGCGCUGGAUUCGAUGUUAUUUCAAUCUAA